GUGCCCAGCUGGCCAGCCCCGGAAUGGAGCCGGUGACGAUCCAGCGCCUCCGGGGCCCAGUCCCGGCCCGAGGGGCGCAGAGGGGGGCGUCCCGAGGCCGCGGCGCACGGCCCGCAAAGGUGACCAGGCGUUUCCCGGCCCCAUAAAGCUCGGGCGGGAGGUGAAGCCGUUUUAUGGAGGCGGCCGGCGGCCCGGCCCGCUUUGAUUCCCGCCUCGACGAGGCGCGCGGGCCAACCUCCAAGCUCGUAAACGCGUUGGCCGCGCGCUCCCGCCGGCCCGGUGGGCCGCGAUAUAAGGCGCAGCGCGGGCCCCGGGCUCCAGCCGCCCGCCGCCGCCGCCACCGCCGCACCAUGUCCUGCCUCUCCAACGGCCUCGCCGCCCCCUGCGGGGUCCGCGCCUUCAGCUGCGCCUCGGCCUGCGGGCCCCGGCCCGGCCGCUGCUGCAUCACCGCCGCCCCCUACCGCGGCGUCUCCUGCUACCGCGGCCUCACCGGCGGCUUCGGAAGCCACAGCGUCUGCGGCGGCUUCCGCGCCGGCUCCUGCGGCCGCACCUUCGGCUACCGCUCCGGCGGCGUGUGCGGCCCCAGCCCGCCCUGCAUCACCAGCGUGUCGGUCAACGAGAGCCUCCUCACGCCCCUCAACCUGGAGAUCGACCCCAAUGCGCAGUGCGUGAAGCACGAGGAGAAGGAGCAGAUCAAGUGUCUCAACAGCAGGUUCGCAGCCUUCAUCGACAAGGUGCGCUUCCUGGAGCAGCAGAACAAGCUUCUGGAGACCAAGUGGCAGUUCUACCAGAACCGCAAGUGCUGCGAGAGCAACCUGGAGCCCCUGUUCGAGGGUUACAUCGAGACGCUGAGGCGGGAGGCCGAGUGCGUGGAGGCCGACAGCGGGAGGCUGGCCUCGGAGCUCAACCACGUGCAGGAGGUGCUGGAGGGCUACAAGAAGAAGUAUGAAGAGGAGGUGGCACUAAGGGCCACCGCCGAGAAUGAAUUUGUGGCCCUGAAGAAGGACGUGGACUGUGCCUACCUCCGCAAGUCAGACCUAGAGGCCAACGCGGAGGCCCUGACUGAGGAGAUCAACUUCCUGCGGCGCCUGUAUGAGGAGGAGAUCCGCGUUCUCCACGCCCACAUCUCAGACACCUCGGUCAUCGUCAAGAUGGACAACAGCCGGGACCUGAACAUGGACUGCGUUGUGGCCGAGAUCAAGGCUCAGUACGACGACAUCGCCAGCCGCAGCCGGGCUGAGGCCGAGUCCUGGUACCGCAGCAAGUGCGAGGAGAUGAAGGCCACGGUGAUCCGGCACGGGGAGACCCUGCGCCGCACCAAGGAGGAGAUCAACGAGCUGAACCGCAUGAUCCAGAGGCUGACCGCCGAGGUCGAGAAUGCCAAGUGUCAGAACACCAAGCUGGAGACCGCGGUGACCCAGGCUGAGCAGCAGGGCGAGGCGGCCCUGAGCGACGCCCGCUGCAAGCUGGCCGAGCUGGAGGCCGCCCUGCAGAAGGCCAAGCAGGACAUGGCCUGCCUGGUCAAGGAGUACCAGGAGGUGAUGAACUCCAAGCUGGGCCUGGACAUCGAGAUCGCCACCUACAGGCGGCUGCUGGAGGGCGAGGAGCAGAGGUUGUGUGAAGGCGUUGGUGCUAUAAAUGUCUGCGUCAGCAGCUCCCGGGGCGGGGUCGUCUGCGGGGACCUCUGCGUGUCCGGCUCGCGGCCAGUGACCGGCAGCGCGUGCAGCGCCCCCUGCAGCGGGAACCUGGCGGUGAGCACCGGAAUGUGCGCGCCCUGCGGCCAGAAGUGCAGCGGCAGCUCCUUGGUGCGGUUCGCGUAGCGGCUCCCGCCGUGUAAAUACUCGGCUCUCACCCCUACCUCCAGCGGCUCUCACCCCUACCUCCAGCGGUGGGUCCGGGAGCAGCCCUAGCCCUGGGGCUUGAAGCGGAAGGGCUUGGAGAACCUGGUGGCCUGACCCGUCCACACUGCAGCCUUAUCUUCUUGCAACUUCUCCGCCUUCUCCCCCUCCUUCCCUCUUGCUCUUGGGGAGGGGGGCGGAUUCCUUCCGGAGAGGGCCGGGCUCCCUGCCCAGCUGGCCCCAGGAGUCUAAAUGCCUGCCUUCCAAGCAGCCUUGGGCAGGGAGCCAAUCCUGACCUGCUCGGGCUGCUCUAGGAGCUGGCCUGGCACAAAAACCUGUGGCUUCUAAGGCACAGAUUGGCCCCACGUCCCCUGGGCUGUGGACGUGCCUCUAUUCCACUGGGCCUCCCCUGCCUUCCAAACCCUGGCGGUGACUGAGGCCUCGGCUUCACGAGGACAUCUCUUGGCGGCCGCCUGGGCUCCCUCCCCCUCGUGCUUAGUGUCCACGUUGCCAAUAAAGCUCAUGGAUCAUACAUAA